CAAAACAUAAUGCAUUCUAUCUCUGACUUGUCCUCCAUUUUCCUGUCCUGCUCUUGAGUAGCAGCAACAACCACAAUUUCAAUGAAGAAAUGAUUUCUCGUGAAAAGAUGAUGGCUGCCAGGUAAACACGAUAAGAUGUCAGGAUCUAUAUAUGCAUCACUUCCUACAGUUUUCAGAGAGGAUUUGCAGCCAUUGAAUACAUCUUCUGAAAAGUAUGUAAAGAAGUUUUUCAAAAAGACUCUAAAUGAUACAGAGUCAAGACUAUUGACACAGCUGAAGCUAAAACCUUUAAUGGUGGACCCUAUUCAUAAAGUCAAAAUAAAGCGGAAAAAUAGAGUUACUGGUCUUUCUGCAAAGCAGAAAAGGGAACUUGGUUUGUGUAAAAUACCAGAAGAAAAUCAAAAAUAUGAAAACUAUGUUCCAUUGAAUAAACUUUGGAAUGACUAUAUGAAGUCUUUACUUGGACUGAGAGGACAGUCUUCACUGAAAAUGAAAUCAAUCGAGAACAAAUUACUGAAGGCAGAUUAUCAUGGCGCAUUACUCAAAGUAACGAAGUCAAAGUGCUCAACGUAUAUUGGGAGCUGUGGUAUCGUUCUAAAAGAAACAAAAAACAUGUUUUACAUUGUGACACAAAGCGAUAAAGUUAGUGGGGUGCCAAAAAACAACAAUUUGUUUGAAUUUGAACUCGAGGGAUACACCUUUGAGAUAUUUGGAAACAACUUUAGAUUUCGCCCUGGUGAGAGAUCAGCCCGAAAAUUUAAAACAAGACCGUUUCUUUCAUUUUAAGGCAAUGCCUGGCAACUGUUUUUAGCGACAAAGAAGCAUGUGUUUCUGUGACGAGUGUCAAAAUUAACAUCAAAGUAGAGAAGAUUCUUGAUUUUAUCACAUCGCAUAUGAAUUUUUACAUAACAUGUUGUAGCAUACUUUGACUGGUGAAAAGACGAUCAUAUAUGCUAGUCCUACUGGUUUGAACAUCGAGUGUCGCAUCAUGUCUUCAGACAAAAGAGGUAAAAAAGCAUACCAUUAUUUCACCUGCUUUCAAAAACUAUUCCUCAUUGCACAUUUAAAAUUUAGGACCAUAUAAUAGCGUUUACAAAAACUGAAGUUUGUUGUGUUAACACAAUAAUUCUACCUAAGAAAAUUGUUUAUUUCUCAUGUUUCUGAGUUCGUUUGUUUGAUUUAAUACACAUCACUUCUUUGUAUCAAAACACCACAUGCAAAGAUUAACUUCAUUACUUGAAAAAAAUGAUGAUGAAAAGUUGAAAUUUGCACUUCUUUGUUGUAGCAGACAUAAUUUUAUUCUUUGUUUUAUACACCCAUGUCUUAAACUCUUAUUUUAGUGAUAAAAAUUAUUGCUACGAAAAAGGCAAGCUAAGCUGGCUUAAGAGUUUGGCGUAACCAAUGUGUUUGUUUCCCUUUCAACAAUCGUUUUCAAAUCAACGGUAUUAUCUAAUACACAUUUUCAAAUGUUGCAUUGAAAAUGUUCAAAACACAAAAAGGUGCCAACUAGAUCGAGUAUACGUUUGCAGGGAGCAGGGAAGUUUGACCACCGCUAACAAAUUCGAAUAGACCUUAAUAUCCUCAUUUGAAUGCGUUUCAUUCAUGUACCGUGUUUGUUGAUAUUUUUAAUAUCCUCAUUUGAAGAAUUUCGUUGAUGUACCAUGUUUUGUUUGUUGAUAUUUCUAGUGCAUAAACAUAAUUUUUCUAAGCACAAACCCAUUCAUUAUGUUUUUUCAUUCAUCAUGGCAAAUAGUAGCUAAAUUGAAAAACUGUAAUCAAGCUAUGGUGUGAAUUUAAUUAGUAGCUCCCGCUGACUGUUCCUAUUAGAGAGAGACACUGCGUUUAAAUGUUACCUAGUCGCAGUUAUUUUUCGGUAAAUACUACCAAUUAACUUUUUGAAUGACUUUUAAGCGAUAAAGG